GAUUGUCCCCAUUUCGAACCAUUUUGACGUAACAGAUGGGGUCUUCACACUCUGCUCAUGUAAUCGACGAAGCAGAAGAAGACGACGAAGAGGAGGAGGAGGAGGAAAGCGAGGACGGAGGAGAAGACGACCAUGGCGGAUCCACCAGAAGAGUAACCGAUAACCACCUGGUGAAGAGGGUUCUCGAGCAGGAACCUGAGAUGCUUCCUUGCCACGCCUCCGCCUCCCCUCUCUCCCCCCAGCUCUCCUCUCUCGGUACCCCUCGCCUCGGCCCCUCCAUCAAGGUCUGGGACCCUUACAACGUCCUCGCUCCUCCUCCUCCUCCGCUUCUCCCGCCUCCUAUCUUCCCCCGCGUCGCCUCCGACGAAGAUCGAGCCUCCGCCGCCGCAGUGACGGAGGUUUACCUCAUCAGCCACGGUGAGUGCGAUCUCAAUCUCAGGCCUGAUCUGAUCGGAGGAAGGUGCCACGUGGCCGCUCUCACCGCCAACGGCAAACGCCAGGCCAGGGCCCUCGCCGUCUUCUUCAAUUCCCAAGGGGUUCGAUUCAACUCCGUGUACUCGUCCCCUCUCGACCGAGCUAGAUCCAUGGCGGUUUCUGUUUGCCAGGAGAUGAAUUUUCCAGAGGAGCACGUGCAGUCCUCGGAUGCGCUUUCUGAGAUGAGUCUUGGGGACUGGGAAGGCUGCCAUCAGUCGGAAAUCUUCACACCCGAAACUGUGAGCCUGAUCGAAAGAUGUCAGCCCGAUUUCUCUCCUCCUUCCGGGGAAUCGAUCAGGCUGGUGGAAUUCCGAAUGGUUCAGUUCUUGAACGGGGCAGUGCUAGGGCUCGAAGAGAAGCUCAGAUCAGAAUUUUCCGCCAGUCAGAACAACGAAGCCCAAGGAUUCUCACAGAAUCCUCACACAUUCGCCACCUCCGUCCACGAACGAGAUGGGUCGGCCCAGUGGGAGUUGCUCCACAGGCAUCGUCCAAGCCUUACGAGGAAGAAAUCUGGAAAGAGUCGGCUACAGGUGAUGACUACGACAGGUGAUCACGAGGUUGACGAAGAGAUGUCACCAAGGGAAGUGAGUCAUCACAACAAUGACAUGGGUGAUAUAAACAUGAGGAGUUCGUCCACUUCCUCAUCCCCGUUCUCAACUCGGGUCGGGGUUUUCACGCAUCCGUUGCCAAUCAAGUGUCUUCUGACGGGGAUUCUCGGGUGUAGCCCGAUAAUGUCUCAUAAGUUCUGCAUAGAGGACUCCUCCGUGACUGUGUUGCAGCACUCUUGGAAAACCGGUUGGCAGAUAAAACGGUUGAACGACACCGCUCAUCUUAGGAUUUUAUAGGGUGGAAUUCUUUAUGUCCGUUUGGAUGUUUGCCGCUCCCUGAAGAGGGGAGAAGAAAAAGCGGAGGAUACAUUUAAUUAUAUGAUCUUUGGUCUCUUUGGUAACUUUUUUUUUUUUUUUGGGGUUGAUUCUUUAAAUCAGCAAGCCUGAUAACAUAUGUGAUGCUUUUAUUCCAAGUUCAUCUGUGUAACUCAUAUCA